AUGGGCGCCAAGAUAUCUGAAGAUCACCCCCCGCAGGGAAAUGGCGGCCCCCUCUCAAACGACCCUUGCUCCGCCGGCGGAGAACCGCGAGGCGCUCACUUGUCUCGGGAUGGGGACGGGAGUGUGGGUGACAAAGGCGGCGACGACGACGACGAUGAUGACGAGGGUGUCGUUGGCGCCGUAUCGCUGACUGAGGCAUCUGAUAAGAAGAAAAAGAAGAAGAGAAAGCCCAAGAAGAAGAAGGCCAAGAAGGCUACUCACCAAUCAUCCCCUCCGAGGGUGCCGCUGAGUGAGCUGUUUACUCCUGGACAGUAUCCCACUGGAGAGUUUCUUGAGUAUGAGGAUACCAACACGGCUCGCACCACUGCGGCGGAGCUGCGUGCUCUUGGCCGGAAGCAACUUGAGGACCCUGCGUUCCUCGAUGACUACCGCCGGGCGGCAGAAGUGCAUCGCCAAGUCCGCCAGUGGGCUCAGGAGAGCGUCAAGCCAGGCCAGACACUGCGUGACAUUGCCAACGGCAUCGAGGAUGGUGUGCGAGCCCUCCUCGGCAACCAGGGUCUCGAACCGGGCGAUGGCCUCAAGUCCGGGAUGGGGUUCCCAACCGGCCUGUGCCUCAACCACGAGACGGCACACUACACGCCCAACCCUGGCCAGAAGGAUGUAGUCCUGCAGUACGAGGAUGUCAUGAAGGUCGACUUUGGCGUGCACAUCAACGGAUGGAUCGUCGAUAGUGCCUUUACCAUGUCAUUUGACCCCACGUAUGAUAACCUCCUCGCGGCGGUCAAGGACGCGACCAAUAGCGGCAUCAAGGUAAAUGCGGCUAUCCAGGAGGCCAUGGAGAGCUACGAGGUAGAGAUUGCCGGCAAGACGUACCCGGUCAAGCCGGUUCGCAACAUCAGCGCACACAACAUCCAACAUUAUCGGAUCCACGGCGGCAAGUCGAUCCCUUUCAUCAAGAACUCGGACCAGACCAAGAUGGAGGAGGGGGAGGUCUUUGCCAUCGAGACGUUUGGGACCACGGGGCGCGGCCGCUUGUACGAUGACGUCGGAAUCUACGGUUACAAGCUGGAGAAUGGAGGUCCGUCUCCGGCUUCGCUGCCUUUUGCCUCGGCGAAGAAGCUGCACAAGGUCAUCAAGGAGAACUUUGGUAACAUUGUGUUUUGCCGACGCUACCUUGAACGUCUAGGCCAGGAGCGGUACUUGGCCGGGCUGAAUUGUCUGGUUUCCAACGGUUUGCUUGAGGCUUAUGAACCGCUUGCGGAUGUCAAGGGGUCGUACUCGGCUCAGUUUGAGCAUACGAUUCUGCUCCGAGAGUCUAGUAAGGAGAUUCUGAGUCGUGGAAGCGACUAUUAG